AUGGCUUCACUCGUUGAAAUCGACUCGCUAGAGGUCUUGGUCAUUGUCGAUAAUGAGGUUGAUCCCAUAUCCUCGUACCGGCACCCGGAUGUAAAGGUCUCCGGGCAGUUGGCUGAGGUCGCGGCGAGAGCUCCACUACAGGACGGAACUAGGGGUGCCUCGAAAUUUGAGAUUCGCCUCGACAAUGUCUGCUGCGGUGCGCAUGGCUUAUCGCUAAUGAUUACGGCUGUCAGAGAGAGAAAGCGGCAUACGGUCCUUUUCGACACUGCUCCUGAAGAACAAAUCUGGGAACUGAAUGUGAAGCGCUUGAGAGCAAAACUCAGCUCAGUUGAAUGGAUUCAGUUAUCCCACUGGCACCGUGACCAUUCGGGGGGCAUGUUAAAAGCGAUAUCAAUGAUCAACGAGGCAAAAGGGAAUACAGGUAUUCCAGUUGACCUUCAUCCAAAUCGGCCGACAUAUCGAGGCUUCCUAGGCCCGACUGGUCCGAUCUCACUCGAGAAGGAUCCCACUUUUGAAGAGAUCGAAGCUGCCGGGGCCAGAAUUGUGAAGAAUGACCAACCGCACGCGAUCCUCGAAGACAUGUUUCUUAUCUCCGGAGAAAUUCCCCGGGUUACUCCUUAUGAGAAAGGCUUCCAGCGAGGGUUGAGAUUCAACCCGGAGACCGGCAGCUGGGAGACCGAUGAGUUAAUUCUGGAUGAAAGGUUCCUGAUGUGUAAUGUGAAAGGGAAGGGGAUCGUGGUUUUCACUGGGUGUAGCCACGCAGGAGUUGUAAAUGUUGUCAAGAAUGCUUUGCAGCUGGCUGGAGGGACGCUUCCAUUAUUUGCAGUCAUUGGCGGUUACCAUCUUGUCGGACCAAAUGAGGCAUUCAUUAAGGACACCGUUGCAGAGUUGAAAGAGUUGAAUCCUCGCAUCCUGAUCCCAGGACACUGCUCUGGGUGGAGAGCCAAGUACGAAAUAGAAAAGGCGAUGCCCGGAAGGCUAGCCCCUUCCACGGUUGGCACGCAAUUCGUGCUAUAA